CGAUCCCACACGAUCCCACGCCUAUCCGCAUCUCAAUAUCCAGCUUCCCCCUCUUCACCGCCCAUGCCUCGCGCUCAAAAAUCAACGGGGAAAACGCGCCACGAUCCCCUCCACGUCCAGAUCGGCGCCGACGAGGUUCAAGAAAAAUAUGGUCGUCUCUCGCGGCCAGGGAAACGCCGCAAAUCGCGACCGAGUGGUCCUGAUGAUGAAGAGGAAAACGGCGAGGUGAUCUUGGACCCCAAAACGUCCAAACGCAUUUUCGAGCUCGCGCGUGACCAACAAGACGAGCUCGAAGUGCCCGACGACGAGGACGUGAAUGAGAACGAAUUUACCAGACCUCGCGCCGGAGAUCCUGAAAGCUCAGACGAGGAGGAGGCUGACGAAGGUUAUGAAGGUUUCCUGGAUCUUGACCAGGAAGAGCACGAGCUUCAAAUCGACGCAGGCGAUAGUCACACACUUGAUUCCCUCCUUCCCGCAAACUCCGGGGAGCGUAAAACCCUCGCCGACCUCAUCUUUGCCAAACUCGACAAUGCUAACUCCAAUUCUGCCGUCAUUAAACCAAGUGAAGGAGCACAGACGCAAGCACCAAAUCCUGCAGAAGGACUUGAUCCAAAAGUUGUAGAAGUAUACACCAAAGUCGGCCUCCUUCUUCGAAGCUACCGCUCAGGCCCGCUUCCGAAGCCGUUCAAAAUUAUCCCCACAUUACCCGCCUGGGCGCGUAUCCUCGCAUUGACUCACCCGGAAAACUGGUCACCACAGGCAUGCCACGCGGCCACGCGCAUCUUUAUCUCGAAUAUGAAAGCUGCCCAGGCCCGAGUGUUCCUUGAAGGUGUCGUCCUUGACGCUGUGCGCGAAAACAUCAACGACCCCUCGUCGAAAAAGGACCACCGCAAACUCAAUGUACAUUACUACGAUAGUCUGAUCCGCGCGCUGUACAAGCCCAUGGCGUUCUUCAAGGGGAUAUUGUUCCCAAUGUUGGAUAACGGAUGCACGUUGAAAGAGGCGGCCAUCGUUGCGUCUGUCCUUACAAAAGUAUCGGUGCCUGUAGACCAUUCAUCCGCCGCACUUAUGCGGCUUGCAGGCAUGGAGUACACAGGACCGACCUCGCUUUUCAUCCGAGUUCUGAUCGAUAAAAAAUACGCACUGCCAUACAAAGUGCUGGACGGACUCGUCUUCCACUUCAUUCGCCUCUCUAAUACCUACAAAGCGAAAGGGCGGGGCUCGGUAGAAGAGCUACCCGUUCUAUGGCACCAGAGCCUGCUCGUGUUCUGCCAACGGUACGCAACGCACUUGACUCAGGAUCAAAAAGACGCCCUCUUGGAUGUCGCCCGUGCCCACCCCCACCCCCAGAUUACCCCUGAGGUUCGCCGCGAACUUGUCAGUUCAGCAACUCGUGGGGAUGCGGAUGGGAUGGAUAUGUCAUAAUAGAUAUAGCCAUGUACUUGUACAUGAAUGGGUUACUCCAUUAUAUUAUUGCUUUUCCGGAUCC